GAUACCGAGACGAUGCAGCUUUCUGGGGAAGCCUCAAGCAUCGACUAGUCGGCUAUAUAACGACAGCUCGCUUUUCUGCAACGACCUGACUGCGGUCGAUUCUUCUUCCAAUGGCGGCAACCUAUCGACGCGCACUCUAUCGGCAACCCUGACGUAGUUAUCUUUUUAGUUACUAAUGCUAGAAUUGAUCGGUCAUCCAAUUGGAUGAAUCUGAUUUGUGAAAUAUGUGCUCACGAAUGGAUAAUACUAGAUAAUAGUAAUUUCUCUUCCUUCCUUUUUUUUUUAAUAGCCCUCAUUUACUUUUUAUACUAUAAUUAAUUUCAUUGGUUAAACCCAACGAGAACGGGAAUUAGUGUGGACAUUCUAAGAAGAAAUUAUUACGACAGAACUGCUACCUAGUGGUACGAAUGGAUUAUGAGUCUAUUACCUUUUCUAGUACACGGUGAUGUUGGAUAAGAUCUCAUGAUCUAUGUAUAACCUCGUAAACUAUCGGCUACUGUUUUGACAGCUCUAUAAUAACGGAGCAAUCCGCACAAUUUUGCAUUAUGAGUAUUCGUAAUGAUUAUUUGAUGUUUAUUUGACGAUUAAUAACUUAUUUUUAACCGUUUAUAUCGUUAAAUUUCUCGAAAGAAAAAUGUCUACAAUUAUAGACGAUAAAGUGGUCGCAGGAGCCAAAAGUUUAAAUACUAUUAAAGAAGAUCCCAUUGUAGCAUUGACAGAGAAAGUAAAGUCUCUAUAUCUCUUUCGGGAUCAUUAUUUUGAAAAUCAUCUUAUUAAAGAAGCUAUUAAAAAAAAUAGUGAUGUUGAGAAAGAAAUGAAAGAAACUAUAAGUAAAUUUGAUGAAUGCAAAGGUUAUGAAAUAGAUGGUAGCCGGGCAAAGUAUUAUUAUUUGAAAGGAAAGGCUUUAAACGUUGUAGAUCGUUAUAUUCCUCAAGCAGAAGAACUCUUGAGUAAAGCUGUUAAAUUAGAACCAAAUCUAACUGAAGCCUGGAACGAAUUAGGAGAAUGUUAUUGGAAGAAUGAUGAUAUUCAACAGGCUAAAAAUUGUUUCGUUGGUGCUUUAUCUCAUGGUAAGAAUAAAGUCUCUUUACGUAAUCUAUCCAUGGUACUAAGACAAGAACCAACUUCGACCAGUGAACAGCGUGCACAGAAUAUUCAACAAGGUGUUGAAUAUGCCAAGGAAUCUGUCAGCUUAGAUACAACGGAUGGUACCUCUUGGGCAAUAUUAGGAAAUGCAUAUUUGUCUUCCUUUUUUACACUUGCACAAAGUCCUAACACUUUACGUCUUUGUAUGUCAGCGUAUACACAAGCAGAAAAAGAUAUUGUAGCAAAAAGUAACCCAGACUUAUUUUAUAACAAAGCUAUUGCAUUAAAGUAUCAAGAAGAAUAUAAUUUAGCAUUAAAUUCGUUUGAGAGAGCAAUGUCAUUGGAUCCAACAUGGGAAACCCCAUCCAAUAAAAGAGAUGAACUGUUACAAUAUUUAAAAGAUGUGCAAAAUUUAGUAAAUACAAAUGGACGUGUUAAACCAAAAAGGCUUUAUCAAAUGAUUAGGGCAUUGGAUGCUAAACACUUAGGACCAUAUAAAGGUGGAUCAUUUACAUCGGGUGAAAACUCUAUAAAGUUAGAUUUAAUACCAUUGAAAAGUUUAGUACUUGGAAUAAAUAGGGAGAAAGUUGUACUUGGAAAAGUAGUAUGCUGGAUUCAAGACUCCGAUUGUGUACCUUUUGCAUUUUGUCUUGUUGACCAUGAGAAAACUUGCAUCGCUGUUACGCUAUAUAAUUUAGCUAAGGGUAGAGGAGUUACGGUAGGUGAUUCGGUCGCUAUUCCUGAGCCUUUUGUCAUUCAUCACAAGUUUUCUUAUAUGAACAACGAUUUUGACUUCAAGUCUAUACGCGUUGAAACACCGAUCAUAUUAGUCGUUAACGGAAAAAAAUUGGGUCUCGAGCAACAAGCUGGAGUUAAGUUACAUACUUUUAAGAAAACCGACUGAGAUAAAUUUUUUAAAGAAAAUGUCGAUAUAAUUUUGUGAAAAUUGAUUACCGCAUUAUCGUAUAACUUUAUUUAACUUUAUAAAAAAAUAGUAGGAUAGUAUUAGAAGAAAACUGGUUAAAAAGAUUUUUACAAAUAAAAAUAUAUCCGAUAUUGCGGUUAAUUAAAUUUUCUUAUGUUAUAUAAAAUAUAAUAUAAUAUAUUAUAUAUAACAUUAGUUUAUAAUGAACGAGU